CCACUAUUGCUACCUACAUCUUCUCCAACUUCCCCCUUCUUUCUGGUUUCUCACGCUUUUCCCCUCACUCUCGCUCUCUCUCUCUCUCUCUCAUGUCCACUUCAAUUCAAUUCCGUAGGCCCCAUCCCCUUCUCUCCUCGCCUCCUGUUCUCUUCUAUAUACAAUUACAAAGACCUUCUUCUUCUCUUCCCUCACCUUCGCUCCCCCUUACCCCUUCCUGUUUCUUCGACUCUUCCUAUUUCGCUCAACCUCAUUUGCAUUUUUAUGUGCUCCUGUCUUGUUGAACGGUGCUCUCUGGGUAUGAUAAGCCUCUAAUUCAGGAAGCGAAACAGCUCUGAGCUGCUGUUUUCUGUGUCGCGACAGGGAAAAGCUCUGAGGCUUUCUUAUAAAUAGCGUGUGCGGAUCAUUCUCAUUUUGUUUGCUUAGGAUUAAAUAAAUCAAUAAUGGUGGGUAUCUUCUCCUUGGUCACGGGGAUGCCUGGUCCCAGUGGGUUUGGAUCUGCUUCCACUGCAGAGCAGGUCACUGAAGGAAUUGACGCCACCAACCUCACUGCCAUUGUUACAGGAGGAGCAAGUGGUAUAGGGUUGGAGACAGCAAGAGUCUUGGCUCUUCGAAAGGCCCACGUCAUCAUUGGUGCGAGGAACAUGGAGGCUGCAAAGGAAACCAAGCAGCUUAUUCUGCAAGAAAAUGAGUCCGCUCGAGUGGACAUUCUCAAGCUUGACCUCUGUUCAAUCAAAUCUAUCAGAUCAUUUGUUGACAAUUUUAUCGCUCUUGAUCUUCCUCUCAACAUCUUAAUAAACAAUGCAGGUGUCAUGUUCUGUCCCUUCCAACUCUCAGAGGAUGGGGUUGAGAUGCAGUUUGCAACUAAUCAUCUUGGUCAUUUCCUAUUGACGAACCUUCUUCUUGACAAAAUGAAGCGAACUGCAAAAGCAACUGGAAUUGAGGGCAGGAUUGUGAAUUUGUCAUCAAUUGCCCAUACCUACACUUACGAAGAGGGUAUUCGCUUUGAUAAGAUCAAUGAUCAAAUUGGUUACUCUGACAAAAAAGCAUAUGGGCAGUCCAAGCUGGCCAACAUACUGCACGCCAAUGAGCUUUCUCGUCGCCUGCAGGAGGAGGGUGUGAACAUUACGGUCAACUCGGUCCACCCUGGAGUUAUAAUGACUCCUCUUAUGAGACACUCUUCCUUCCUUAUGAAUUUUCUGAAGAUAUUCACCUUCUACAUAUGGAAGAACGUCCCGCAGGGAGCAGCCACUACAUGUUACGUUGCUCUGCACCCAAGCGUGAAAGGUGUGAGCGGGAAGUACUUUCUGGAUUGCAAUGAGUUUCAACCAAGUGUUCUGGCCACAGACGAACUGUUAGGGAGGAAACUAUGGGAUUUUAGCAACAAGUUGAUAGAGUCUAUUUCCAAAGAUUGAGUCCCGUUGUUCUUCGUCACACAAAGCCUCUUGCCUCAAAAGUUUAUUCAGACUUGUCAUGCAUAAGAUAGCAGUUUAUACUUACAUUCAUGAUUUCUGGCGCUCCGGGUUUUUUUACAGACACUUGUAUGCAUAUUUGUCUUUUGACUUUGCAAGUAAUAUGAACCACGAAUUCAGUCCUACAAGUGGUCCUCCCCAAUCCCUUCAGCAGAAGAGAGGGAGAGAUAGCAACUUCUGCGAGGCGGGUGACAGCUAGUGUUCUGAAUGACAUUCUUCACGUAUUAGAAUGAAAUUGGUAGAUUACUUUAUUUAUUCAAGACAUUCUAAUGUUUCUAUUA